AAGUCAUGCCUUUCAUGUCAGGCCUUGCAGCCAGCUGGUCCCUGAAGCCCCUGGGACCCCAUGGUGUCACCCAAGCCUUAUGUGCUGUUCUCUUAGCAGUGCUGGUCACGAUGAAUGUGGUUCUGGGCGAUAAUCUUCUUGACAUCCCCUCCCAGUCACCUCCACUAAACCAGUACCUGCAUUGCUACCGAUGUCUCCUAGAGACAGAAGAGUUGGGCUGCCUUCUGGGGUCUGACACCUGCCUCACACCUCUGGGCAGCAGCUGCGUCACCCUGCACAUAAAGAACAGCAGCGGUUUUAAUGUCAUGAUGAGCGACUGCCGUAACAAGGAGCAGAUGGUGGAUUGCUCCUAUACUCGGGCUUCCCCUGUGUUCGGCUUUUGGAUAUUCUAUCAGUGCUGCUUCCUGGACUUCUGCAACAACCCGAAGAACAGAAAGAACACUAUGCACUAGGACAGCAGGAACCAGCCGCGUCCGUCCAGCCGCCCUCCGGAUUUCCAUCUGAGCCCGUCCGGGGACGACUCCAAAACCCUCACAGUAGCCCUGACUCUCGUAUCAUCGGCCCCACGCUGGCCUCCCCUCUCUGUCCCUACCCACAAUGCUCUCCUACCUCCAUUUUGUCCAGCCCCCUCUUUUGUCCAAAGUACCCAGGCGUUCCCCCAAAAUAAAACAGUAUGCAAAGU